AGAAGUCUUUUCGCUCUCCGGCAAGGUCAACAAAACCUAGGAAUAAAUUUAAAUUCUUUCUUAAAAUGGCUAAUGUAUUUCGAAAAUGUUUGUCCAAAUCACGAAUUAUUUCUCUGAAGAAUUCUCCUGUCUUUCAAUUUGUUCGUAAUGAGUCCAAUGUUCGCACUGUAACUCUCAUACCUGGAGAUGGUAUUGGACCAGAGAUAUCAGUUGCUGUGCAGAAGAUAUUUGAAGCAGCAAAAGUUCCAAUUCAGUGGGAAGUAGAAGAUGUUACACCUGUUAAGCAACCAGACGGAAAAAUGGGAAUCCCUCAAAGAGCUAUUGAUUCUAUAAAUAAGAAUACAAUUGGACUUAAAGGACCUCUGGCUACACCUAUUGGCAAAGGACAUAGGUCUUUAAAUUUGGCUAUCAGGCAGUAA